AUGUUAGGUAUUGUUGGUGCUGGUGCUUUUGCGGCUGCGUUUGGUGCCGUUUUCUAUGCAAAUUUGCCCACAAGAUACACUCUGGGACAUGUUAUUCCCACUGUAAAGUACUUGGCGCAAGGUAAUCUGAGAUUAGUGGAGAAGGGAAAGGAUAUUCUGACUGCUAAGCCAAUUCAAGUAAGUUUUAAUGUAAAAUAUAUUGUUGUAGCCUUAAAUUUUUUUAUAGUUAUGUAGUGCAAGGUUAAUGUUUAUUACUUAAACAUAAGAUACUUUUUGCGUAGUCUUUGUUAAUAACAUCUUUUUUUGCAUCGCCUUUUAGCAAAAAUUUUGAAAUACACCUAGAAUCGAAUGGAAUACAGCCGUUGACAAAAAACAGGCAACUUUUUUAUUUUUAGCGUAACUUUUUUAUUAGUUAUCCAAUUGUUAUGAAACAAAUUUUAUUAUGAUUGUUUUGACACCUAAAAUUAUACAAAAAAGACAGAUUACAUAAAAUAUGUCAGCGUGACAUAUUAUAUAGAAUCAAAAAAUCAAAGGUGGACAAAAAACAGGCAACUUUUUUAAACCUUUGGUCAAACUUCAUUAUAAAGGUAAGAUUCAAGUUUUUGUUGUUAUUACAUAUUGUUUUAGUUACGAAUGAAUGGAAAACGACAAAAAUCGUUGAGUUUAGAAGUCAAGAAGGUGAUCUUUUAACCCAUCGAACAAGGCGACCUCAUGUACAACAUCGCAGAAGAUUUUCCGAUUAACAAAACUAAAGUUUCUUUAAUUUGGGCCCGUUAUAAGUAGAAUAACAUCCAGAAAACUUUUUAAACAACGGAAGAACAAGAAAAUCGACCAAAAGUCAGGAUAAGUUGAUUGCAAAGUUGUCUCGGAAAGACCCGAUGAAGGCUGCACCCAGAAUAAACGUUGAAAUGGUGAGGUUCUACGAUUUUAAAGUAACUGAUCGGACUGUAGCAAGAAGACUAAUCGAAAUCAAACUCAAUGGACGUGGUCCAGCAAAACAACUGUUGACCAGGAAGAAGAACCGGACGAUCAGAUUGAAAUAUGUAGGUGAACAUAAGAAGUGGUGCGAAAAGAAGUGGGAUAAAGGUUCGUGGACCGACAAAAGCAAGUUUGUUUUGUUUGGAUAUCAAGGUAGAGUUAUGUAAGACGAAAAAAAGGGACAAGAUUUGCCCCAAAGCACCAAGCAUGAAACAUCAAGGGAGCAGUAUAAUAGUAUGGAGAUGCUUUACCUCGUCUCAAGUCGGUCCGUUAGUCUUUAUUGCUGGUUGGGUGGAUAGUAUAAAUUACACUGACAGUAUUGAGAAGCUUAUGCGACCGUUUGCUAACAUAAAAAUUCCAAUGGUAUGGAUUUUUUCAACAUGGAAAUGACCCAAGGCACAUACCACAACAUGCAAGUUCUAUGUUCAGUAGACAAAAAGUUCCUAUUUUGCCCUGGCAUUCACAAACACCAUAACUUAACCCAAUUUAACGCAUUUAGGAGCAUUUAAAGCUAAACAAUAGCCUUAUAUUUCGAAAAAUCUUCUGUGAUGUUACACAUGAGAUCGCCUUGUUUGAUCCGUUAAAAGAUCACCUUCUUGACUUCUAAACUCAACGAUUUUUGUCGUUUUCCAUUCAUUCGUAACUAAAACAAUAUGUAAUAACAACAAAAACUUGAAUCUUACCUUUAUAAUGAAGUUUGACCAAAGGUUUAAAAAAGUUGCCUGUUUUUUGUCCACCUUUGAUUUUUUGAUUCUAUAUAAUAUGUCACGCUGACAUAUUUUAUGUAAUCUGUCUUUUUUGUAUAAUUUUAGGUAUCAAAACAAUCACACAUCAUGCCAAAAUAAAAGAAAAAUGGAACUAAGGUGGCCGUGGCAUUUCGUUAACUCAAAAGUGUCAAAUAUUGAUUCAAAAAAUAAAAUAAAUAUUUAAAAUGUUGAACGAAACGUGUGAAAUUAUCAAAUAAUAGUUAAAAUAAAUCAUAUUUUGAGCUGUAACAAAUAUUAAAAAAUUCGCUAUGUUUCGGCGGUUCUUUGAAAGCCAAACUGGUCUUGAUCCGUCAAAGAAUCGUCCAGGUAUCACACUACAAGUUUACCACAAACGAAUUUCAUUUUCAAAAUUUCGACCGCUUAAUUUCAAAAAAUUUUUUACAAAAAAUAGAAUUUCACACUUCGCAUCGUUUUUUACACGAAAUGUCACAUUGUCUUUAUUUCCUUUUUGGCAUGUCGUGAAUCAUAAUAAAAUUUGUUUCAUAACAAUUGGAUAACUAAUAAAAAAGUUAUGCUAAAAAUAAAAAAGUUGCCUGUUUUUUGCCAACGACUGUAGCUUCACAUUAGUUUAAAGCUUGAUUUAAAAUUGUUUUACGUCAUUAAUACUUUGGGCGUUUCAACUUCGCAAACAUUAUAUUUAGGCUUCUGAAAUUUUCGACAAAGCCCCCACAUUGCUGGCUGUAAUCAGAAGACCUGGAUGCCAGUUAUGUCGUCAUGAAGCACAACAAUUGAGUAAUCUGAAGGACAAGUUGGACAAGAAAGGAGUUCAGCUAGUUGGUGUUGUUCACGAAUUCAAGGGAGUUGAUGAAUUCCAACCUUAUUUGAACGGCCCUGUUUACUACGACGAUCAGGUAAGUCUAAUGUUCCAUUUUUGAGGCUAUUUUGCCCAAGUCUAUUUUUGAAUUUAAAUUUCUUCUUUUGUUACCUAAAUUAUCGAAAAAAUGGUGUCAUAGUAGGAUUACUGUAAUUUGGAGGAAAAUUAUUCAUUUUUAUUUUCAAAAUGACUUUCCAGAAGCACUUCUACGGUCCGAACCAGAGAUGGCUGCCACAUUGGAUGGGACUACUUCGAAUUGGUACCUAUGUCAAUGUCUACAAAACCCGUGAUGUUAAGGGUAAUGUGAAGGGCGAGGGUCGUUUGCUGGGUGGUGUAUAUCUCAUCAAAGACGGCGAGAUGGUAUUUGCUCAUUUGGAGAAGGAAUGGGGCGAUGCGGCCGAUCCAAAAGAAAUCGAGAGAGCCAUCGAACAGCUUUAA